CUUUUUGAGGUGUCUCGGAUUCUCAACACGGGCUUGGAUCGUGAGACGCUGGCCAUUUGCGUGAGCUUGAUGGAGGCUGGCAUCAAUCCCGAGGCGCUGGCGGCCGUCGUGAAGGAGCUGCGUCGUGAGGGCGAGGCCUUCAAGGUUUGUGGUGGUUCUGUCCUGGUCUGGGCACAUUUUCUACGUUGA